AUGGCUGGCGGCAAGGGAAAAUCGUCGGGCGGCAAGAGCUCCGGUGGCAAGACCUCGGCGGACGGCCCCAAGAAGCAGCAGAGCCACUCGGCGCGCGCUGGUUUGCAGUUGGUCGCAUGCGAUGGCACUCCUCGAUACUUGUCUCGACGUCGAAGCAACACGCCUACCAACUACGCUCACAUUGACUACCGCCUGUUUCUCGACUACUCCCGACCAAAACAGCAUGCGACACGAUGCCCUCUCGAAGAUGACGCGCAAAUGUAUAUGGCGAUGACUACGUGCGUAUCGCUCAAAGUCUCUCCGACGCGCCUGACGAAGAGCGAUCGCAAAGCCACGAUUGGCAGGGAAACAUCAUCGCCUGAGCAGCUUCUACACGUCUCGUUUCCUUCCCGUUCAGCACUCGUGACUCGAGAGGCAUAUCCAGAGCCGGCGCGCUUCUCGCGAUUGUUCCCAUGCGGUCGUGUUAAGCGUUUCCUCAAGGCCAACACCCAGAACAAGAUGCGCGUUGGCGCCAAGGCUGCGGUGUAUGUGACGGCUGUUCUCGAGUACCUGACUGCCGAAGUUCUCGAAUUGGCAGGCAACGCCGCAAAGGACCUCAAGGUCAAGCGCAUCACGCCUCGCCACCUGCAGCUUGCCAUUCGUGGUGAUGAGGAGCUCGACACCCUGAUUCGCGCCACGAUCGCUUUUGGUGGCGUGCUGCCUCACAUCAACCGCGCUCUCCUCCUGAAGGUCGAGCAGAAGAAGAAGAAUAAGGCCGCCCUCGAGGCAUGA